UGAUCAGCAUGCUUCAGGCAGCACUUGUUGUUUUAGUCACCAGUGUCUUAGCUGACCAAGGCUAUGACUGUUUGGAAAUCACUGGGGGUCAUGAGUUUAAACCUUAUUCAAAACCUUACAUGGUGUCCAUCCAAGCUAAUAAUAAGCAUGUAUGUGGAGGAAGUUUGAUUCAAGCAAAAUGGGUUCUGACUGCAGCAAGCUGUCUACAGCUGGUCAAGAGAAAGAAAUCCUUUGUGAUUCUUGGAACAAAUUCACGUCAGAAGAAGGAUAGGACAGAACACAAAAUUCCUAUUAAAAAUUUUUUCCCACAUCCUGAAUUCAGGAAUAAACUAGACAAUGACAUCAUGCUUUUGGAGUUAGAACAAGCUGCAAGUAUUAAAAGCAAGGAAUUCCUCCAGCUGCCAACAUCAGCAAAAGACCCCAAAUCUGGAGUAAAGUGCAGUAUCAUUGGAUGGGGAAAAGCCAGUGCCAAGGAUAAAUCACAUUCUGACAUUUUGAAAGAGGCCGAAGCAACUGUGUUAGAUCGGAAAACCUGCAACAGUAAAAAAUACUACAAUGAGAAUCCAGUUAUAACAGACAAUUUGAUAUGUGCAAGUGAUAAAAAGGGCAAGAAAGAUUCCUGCCUGGUUGAUGCAGGAGAUCCAUUAAUGUGCAAAAAAAAAGCAUUGAGCAGGAAGACGGAGAUUGUUGGAAUUUCUACAAUUAGAAAGGAUUGCGGAAUUGCCAAUAAACCCGGCAUAUAUGUUCGGUUAACAGAGAAAUAUCUCUCCUGGAUCAAGCAAAAAAUUGGAGUUGUGGACUUCAGUAAGACGGAGGAACAAAUCUAAGAGGAAGAUGUGUUUGUCACUUUUUUAAAAUGUAGCUUGUUUAUCAGUGAAAUGAAUCAGAAGGAACAUGAUAUACUAAAAUAUGUUUCUGAAAAAGCAAGGUCACUUGAAUAUUAAGCUCAAAAUACUUGUUUUUAGUUAUAUAAGUAAAAUCUACUUAGUAUUCAUGAUACAAUGACAGUUCGUGCUUUUGAAAGUUUUGGUCAUACACAGCUUCUAUGUUCAGUUUUUUACAGGUCUUCUAACAAUCAUUGUCUCUAUUUUAUAUCAACGUUAAUUUUAUUUGGACAAGCUUGUAGGCAAGUUUAUGGACAAUAUUGAUUUCAUUUCCUCUGGUGAUGUUCUUUUAGACAUGCUUUCAACUGUAUAACUACUUCAACAAGUGCUGCCAAAGAGACUGGAAAGUUUGCCAAACAGGACUCAGCAUGAACUACCCUGAUAGUUUGUUUAUCUGAUUGUUCCUGAUUGUGCAUCUGGGUAAAGAGCUGCAUGGGCAGAAAAAGGAGAAUAAUGCCUGAACCUUGCUAACAAAACAAGAAACUGUUAAAUAAUUUGAUUAAAAGGGAUUCGUGCUUUUGCUACUUUUACUGCAAAGUCAUUCAUUAUUAAUUCAUUUUGCUAUAUCUAGUUUUUUGACAAUUAAAAUCAUUCACUUAUACUUAUGCAAAUUAAAAUGAUGCACAGUGUGGGAACAGGCAAUGAUACUGGAAGCCUGUGUAUAAGUUUCUUUGUCUAUUUGCAUUCUUAAAAUAUUUGGAAAAUAGCAUAAUCUAUUGCUAAGUCCUUUUCACAGAAAAGUAACAAUGUUGAUGAUGAACAUCUGAUUGUA